GCAGACACACCUGUCGGACAGCCGCAGGUGAACCGGGAGUUUGGAGAAAGACAGUUUGACAGAACAAAAGGGAUUUUUGUGUCAGCGACAACUAAAGGUUACCAGCAAGGUUCUUGCCGAAAAAUGGAGUUUGAUAAUAUAAAGUCAUCAGCUGCACUUAUUUAUGAUGAAUUCAUGCAAAAUGCAGACCGGCGGACAGGGAGCUGGCCCCUGAUGUCGUCUCCUCUUCCCCAAACGAUCAUCAUCGCAGCCUACAUCUACUUCGUCACAUCGCUUGGCCCUCGGAUAAUGGAGAACCGCAAAGCCUUUGACCUCAAAGGAGUUCUCGUAGUCUACAACUUCAGCGUGGUGGCUCUCUCGCUCUACAUGAUCUACGAGUUUAUCAUGUCAGGAUGGGGGACAGGAUACUCUUUUCACUGUGACCUCGUUGACUACUCUGAUUCUCCGCAGGCUGUGAGGAUGGCAGCAGUAUGCUGGCUUUACUACUUCUCAAAGUUCAUUGAAAUGUUGGACACGAUUUUCUUUGUGCUGAGGAAGAAGAACAGCCAGGUUACUUUUCUUCAUGUCUACCAUCACUCGAUCAUGCCUUUCACCUGGUGGUUUGGAGUUCGUUUUUCUGCAGGCGGGAUGGGGACGUUUCAUGCCCUGCUGAACUGUGCUGUCCAUGUCAUCAUGUACUCAUACUAUGGCCUCACUGCUUUGGGCCCCAAGUACCAGAAAUACCUGUGGUGGAAAAAAUACCUGACGACCAUUCAGCUGAUCCAGUUUGUUAUGGUGACCAGCCACAUCUCCCAGUAUUUCUUCACGGACUGCACCUACCAGUUUCCCAUCUUUAUCUACAUCAUCGGCCUGUACGGCCUGAUUUUCCUGGUCCUCUUCCUCAACUUCUGGUACCACGCUUACACCAAGGGCAAGAGGCUGCCUAAAGUGCUGCAGAAUCAGUCUUGGGAACAUCACAGCAACGGAGUUAUGAAUGGAAACGCUAGUCAUGAAAAAGACGAGUGAUGCAGGACUCGGCUUGCCGGGGGGUUUGGGGUUGACCUCAGUUACGUAAGCAGACCACUGCAUUCUGAGGUUCAACCCCAGUUAGUUUGGACUGCAUUUUCUCAUUAGUUUUCUACUUGCAAAAGACAAUCUUCAAACUUGGACCAAAGCUUUAUUUAAGAGGUUUGACUCGAGCUGAAGGGUUUUAUCUUAUUGUUGUUUUUGUUUACAAUGAAGGUAGAACCGAAGUUCUGCUGUGGAAGUUUUCGAAUAUCCCUAUUCUCUGCUACAGUAUGGUUUAAAAAAAAGAAUUUCAAGUGUCCAAAAUCGACUCCUCCAUUCACACUGACCUUAGGGCUUUACCUAUGGUGAGACUGUUGGACCCUCGGCUACACUGUCAAACUGGGCUUCCUCCAAAAAGCUUUGAAUACUGAGAUAGUUUUAACUUUUGUGAUGAUACUUCUCAGAGGAGCUUUUUAGGAAAUCCAGUUCAGGGUUUUUAGUUGUGCACUAAAAAGUUGUUUAUUUCACCUAGCCUUAAAUCACAUAGACUGUCUUAUUUUUUUAAAUGGUGUUCAGGCUACACAUAUCCUGUUGUUGUUAAUGGUUACAUGUAUGCUGAACAGGGUGUUUUGAUUAUGCACGCCCACUUCUCUAUGGUGUGAGUCACAACUGCUGCUGAUGGUAGAUUUUCAGUGAGAAGCGUUAUCUCUAUACAGUCGAAUCAGUUUAUUCUCCUAUGAAGCGACGGUGUGACAAAGAUGCCAGAGAGGAACACUGAUGGCUCGCUGUGGCUCUUGUAGGAUCCAGAGCUAGUUUUUACUACUUAUUGCAAAAUAACCCUUUCUUACAGGACCGCAGUAUUCACAAUUACAUGGAUUCACUAGUCAGAAAACAGCCUUGCUUUGCGUGGUUUUUAAGUAUUUCGCUUCAUGUGUUGAAGUUCUGCGGCUAACGAGGUCUUCAGGCGGCUGAGUCAGGUAGUGCCUUUGGACUGAGGCCUGUAGAGUAGUUUUAUAUCAGGUUAUGAUGAUGUGAAACUGAAGUGAUUGUAACACUCUGCUCCUUCGGUGACUGAGGGCACAGGAUCGAGCUCAACGUGGAAAGAGAUCCACCUUUUAUUCAGGUGCAGGCCCAUGUUAACACAAAAAAUGUAAAGAUUGAAUACAAAUGGGGGUGACCUUUUUCAGUUCCUUGUCAGAUCCCUUAUUAUACCAACAGUUAAUACUUUAAGAAAUUAUGUGACAUGAAAUGUUGUUUAUAUUGUAUUUUAUAUGUAUUUAUAUGAAAAUAAAUGAUCAAUGUACUUUGAAA